CGAUGGCGCACAUAUCCUCGGGCUACGGCCUUUGCACUCUCCCUCCGACCUAAACAUCGCCCAGCGAAACACAGGAUGGCUCCUCUGGCGCGCUGGACGCUGCUCACCCAUGCGCCCACCCUCGCCCGAUCUUCCCAUGGCGUCUGCGCCGUCGGCCCGCGCAUCGUCGUCCACGGCGGCGAACUCAAACCACGCACGCCGACGGACGACUCCAGCCCCGGUGUCGUCCACACACUCGACCUGACCGGCUUCCCCGCCAAGGGGGCGGGCCCCGCCGAUCGAUAUCUGCACCUCAAGACCUUCGCCGCCGCGCAGAACGGCAGCGCCCCGUCGCCGCGUGUCGGCGCCUCGAUUGCGACCGCCCACGGCAGCGUCUACCUCUGGGGCGGCCGUGGCGGCAUCGACAUGAGCCCUCUCCCGCGCGAUGCGAUCGGGAUGUACGCCGGCGCUCUCUCGUCUUCCGGCGUCUCCUGGAAGCCCGUCGGAACGCCCGACGACCCGCACGAACCCGAGUCGCGGAGCUACCACGCGUCCGUCGCGUAUAAGGACGAAGUGUACGUGCACGCCGGCUGCCCCGCCUCCGGCCGCCUCAGCGCGCUGCACGCCUUCUCCACCGCAUCCAACACCUGGCGCGCCCUCGCACCCGCACCCGAACCAGGACGGGGCGGCACGGCGCUGGUUGCCGCCACCCUCUCCGGUCAGGACGUCCUCCUCCGCUUCGGUGGUUUCGCGGGCCACGAGCUCCCCACCCCAGAGCACGCCGGCACACUCGACCUCUUCCACAUCGCGACCAACACCUGGCGCACGCUCACGCCCUCCCCGGACGCCGUACACGGCUUUCCCGGCGCGCGCUCCGUGCACGGGUUCGCCUCGUUCCGCGCGCCCGCCCUGCCGGGAUGCGUCGCGCUGUUGUGGCACGGCGAAAAGGCGCCCAGCGCCGCGGGACACGCCGGCGCGGGCGAGUUCUGGGACGACGUCUGGGCGCUCACCUUCGACCCGCGGCCCGAUGCGGACGACAUCGCGGCUGGCCUCCAAUGGAAGAAGCUCGACGUCGCGCCGGGUAACAACCCGGAGGGCAGAGGCUGGUUCCCGCCGGCCUCCAUCCCGGCUAUAGAGCUAGGCGCGCCGGACGGGGCGUCGUCAGACGUGGCAGUCAUGUUCGGCGGCUUGUUGUCGUCCAACGAGCGCAGCGGGGAGCUGUGGGUGUUGCAGGUCGUGGACGAAUGACGAAGACGUCAAGGUAAGUGUACGAGUAUGCUCGAAUGUAUGAUCGGAUGUGUCUAGUAUUCUACUGUAGGCUCGUGUACGUGUAUCGGUUUCGCGCUGAAUCGAACUGAAGCGCCCUUUGCUUCGAUCCUGC